AUGGCUUCACAAGAAGAACAGAAAAUUCCCAAUUCCCAUCUUAUCGACAAACAACACAACAAGGUCGUUGCGAUUGAAUCCACCAAGGAUUUCGUCGACACCCUCUUCAGCUUCCUCUCCCCUCUCCCCGCCACCAUCAUUCGCCUCCUCACCAACCACCACCAACAACAACCACCACCGCCACCACUCCUUGGAUGUAUCACGAACCUCUACCAAAGCGUUGAGAAUCUCACCCAAAACGAUGUCUGGAACAGUGUAUGCAAGCACAUGUUACUGUUCCCAAGAAACCCCUGCGACUCACUGUGCUGGAAACUCUUCUUCAACAUCGACGACACUGAACCCUCACCGAGAUUUCUCGUCUGCGAGUACUGCACCUGCAAGUUCACAACUUUCCGCAACCUGAUUUGUGCUUGUGGGAAUCCCGUUAAUGGACAGCCUCACGAUUUGGAUUGGGAACUAAGGAAGAAGAGUAAUAGUAAUAAUAAUGGUCAUGUCAAUGUGGAUGAUGCUAAGUGUGGGGUUUUUGUGAAGGAGAAUGGGUCUUUGUUUCUUGUGUUUGAUGAUUUGGCAGUUGUGCCGAGUUCUUUGGUGACUUCAGUGCAGAUGCUGCAUCAACUUGGCUAUUCCGAUUUGACUCAGCUUGAACAAGUUACUCGUAGUAUUGGCAAGGACGAGGUGAUCAUUUUUAUCUUUUUCUAA